AUGGCUGCUAACAUCAGGGAAACGGCAAGAGAGCUAGUAGAGAGCACAGACGAGGAAAAGAAGAGGACUAACAGGGAGCUGUGUAAGAAAGCGAGGAAGGAGGCGAAAUUAGCGGUUACGGCGGCUAAGACGACAGCUUUUAAACGCUUGGAUGAAGAUUUGGGGGAAAAAGAGGGGGACAAGAAGUUGUACAGGCUAGCCAGAGUGCAGGAGAGGAAGGCUCGGGACCUGGAUCAAGUGAAGUGUAUCAAAGACGAGGGAGGGAAAGUUUUGGUGGAGGAUGCCCUUAUUAGACAAAGAUGGCAGUCCUACUUUCAUAAACUCCUGAACGAAGAGGGGGACCGGAACAUAGUUUUAGUCUUAGGCCAAUUGGAGCUCUCUGAGAGCCGCCACGAUUUUAGCUACUGCAGGCAGAUCAAGGUUGAAGAGGUCGAGGGGGUUAUGCGGAAGAUGAGCAGAGGGAGGGCGACCGGGCCAGAUGAAAUACCGGUAGAAUUUUGGAAGAAUGCGGGUAGGGGAGGCUUGGAGUGGCUUACGCGGUUGUUGAAUGUUAUUUUUAGGACAACGGAGAUGCCUGAAGAGUGGAGAUGGAGCGCCAUGAUCCCGUUGUAUAAAAAUAAGGGGGAUAUUCAAAACUGCAACAACUAUAGGGGUAUCAAGCUGUUGAGCCAUACGAUGAAAGUACGAGGUGUUACAGGAUUCAUCUCGGGGCGUUCGACUACAGAAGCUAUUCACCUGGUGAGGAGUUUGGUGAAGCAGUAUAGGGAUAAGAAGACUGACUUGCACAUGGUGUUUGUUGACCUUGAGAAGGCUUACGGCAAAGUCCCAAGAGAGGUGUUGUGGAGAUGUCUAGAAGCUAGAGGUGUUCCUGUAGCAUAUAUUAGAGCGAUUAAGGACAUGUAUGAUGAAGCCAAAAUCUGGGUGAGGACGGUUGGAGGUGACUCGGAACACUUUCCAGUCACGAUGGGCCUGCACCAGGGGUCCGCGCUUAGCCUGUUUCUAUUUGUUGUGGCAAUGGACGCUCUGACAAGCCACAUUCAAGGAGAGGUACCGUGGUGCAUGUUGUUUGCAGAUGACAUUGUGUUUAUUGACGAGUUGCGGAGCGGUGUUAACACAAGACUGGAGGUUUGGCGACAGACUUUGGAGUCGAAGGGUUUCAAGUUGAGCAGGACUUAG